AUGGUUCCAAAGGCAAUGAAGCAUUACAAAGGUGGGCAAGUGUAUCGGCCAACAGAGGCGGAAUGCGCCUCCACUCUUGGAGGACAUGGUUGGCUCGUCGUCGGCAUUGGUUAUAAAGGCAACAAACCUUAUUACAUCAUCAAAAACAGCUGGGGAACUUCAUGGGGUAAGAAAGGCUAUAUUCUUUUCGCUGCUGGACAGAACCUUUGCAGAACGGAAGAGCGAAGCUACGGUGCGCAGAUAUGA